CAUCGCGGCGUAGCCAUCGCCGUCGCGACGGCGAUUAAUGAAUUUUAAUUUAUUUAUUUUAAGUUUAUGCCUUUAAUUUUACAUGAACCUUAGCUUUUAUUUCUAACUGCCUACGUAAUAAGUUAGAGCCGUUACCGUAUUAUGUCUAGAAUUAGGGGAAUCGAAGCCAAAGUGAAAAAAGAAAUUUUGCAUUCAGCCAAAAAUAAAAAUGGACCAGACACAGCCUGCGAAAAGGAUGACGUGGAGAAAGACCAGGUGAAGGAGCUGCUGGGGAAGAUCCCGGUGCUGGCCAAGACCUUCGACAUCCACCGCAAGAUCGGCGAGGGCACGUUCAGCUCCGUCUACCUCGGCUCCAUGAGGCAGGACGCGAGCGCGGCCGACGGAGACAAGAGAUGGUUCGCCGUGAAACAUUUAGUGCCGACCACGCACCCCACAAGAGUGGCGCACGAGUUGCGCUGUCUAAGGGACAUCGGCGGCAAGAACCACGUGAUCGGAGUGGAGCUGUGCCUUCGCAACCUGGACCACGUCGUCUUCAUCAUGCCAUACAUACCGCACCAGAAGUUCUCCGAAUACGUUGGCGACAUGGACGCGAAUGAGCUGCGGCAAUACAUGCGCGCACUCUUAACCGCACUACGCCACGUGCACACGUUCGGCGUCAUACACCGGGAUGUGAAGCCGAGCAACUUCUUGUACGACCGCGAGCGGCGGCGCUACGCGCUGGUGGACUUUGGGCUGGCGCAGCACACGGCGGCUCCCGCGCAGCCGCCCCCCGCGCACCAGCCCCUCAAACGGACACGGGACGACGACUCCCUCCUCCCGGGCGCCAAGCGCAUGGCGCUCGACCUGUGCGUGCGGCGCGCGGCGCGCUCGCCCGCGCCUGCGCCCGCGCCCGCGCCCGCCCCGCGCGGCUGCGCGUGCGCCGGCGCGGGCGGCGUGUGCGGCGAGUGCGCCGUGUGGGCGCCGCCGCGAGCCAACCGCGCCGGCACGCAGGGCUUCCGCCCGCCUGAGGUAUUCUUCAAGUACCCCCACCAAAGCACGGCGGUGGACAUGUGGGCUGCGGGCGUCAUACUGGCCAGCGUGCUGUCCGGCAGAUACCCGUUCUUCCGCGCCACCGACGAUCUGACCGCCUUGGCCGAGAUCACCGAGCUGCUGGGCACCGAGGCGCUACAGCGCACCGCACAGGCGCUAGGUAACUACACUAUACACCAUAUAGUCAUACUGGCCAGCGUGCUGUCCGGCAGAUACCCGGUCUUCCGCGCCACCGACGACCUGACCGCCUUGGCCGAGAUCACCGAGCUGCUGGGCACCGAGGCGCUACAGCGGACCGCACAGGCGCUAGGGUGCCGGCUGGUGACGUCGACGCGCCGCCACGGGCUGUGUCUGCGCAAGCUGUCCGCGCACCUGCGCGGCGCGCCGCCCGAGCGGGACGCGCCCGCCUGCGCCAAGUGCGACCUGCGGCGCGCGCGCUGCGUCUGCCGGGACGACACGCCGGCGCACACGCACGACCCCUCGCGCUCGGUGUGCGGGUUCCCCGACGCGGUGUUCGCGCUGGCGGCGCGCCUGCUGGAGCCCGACCCGCGCGCGCGCAUCACCGCCGCCGACGCGCUGCGGCACCCCUUCCUCGCGCAGCCCCUAUAGCCUGUCUGAUACGCCGGCAAAACACGGCCGCCCGACAAGGAUGUCUAUAGUAAAAUAAUGUAAAGGUUAAACAUAUUAGUUAAUUAGGCACUUGUCCCACCAAGAGCGAGUAAGCGAUUAACUAUCGGCGAUUUUCUCGCCCAAGAAACGAACAAAAGAUUAGGAUUCUGUACUAGUAAAAGAGACACAUAUAUUAAUAGUUCAUCGCUGGCUGUUCACACUGCCGGCGAGAACACUCGCUCUACUAGUUUGUCGCCGCGAUAAGAUAAAACUAGCUCAGCGUUACUCGCUCGGCGAUGCUCACUUCGUAGUUAGAACUCAAGCUGCGAGACCAAUCAGUCUCUGCGUGUUCGGCUGCGCUGCACCGCCCGAGCGAGUGACGCGAGUAAUAGCCCGCCGCACUCGAACACUCGCCUAUAGCCGAGCGACAAAACUAUUGGAGCUAGCACUCGCUUCUCGCCGCUCGCCCACUCGUUUCUAGUUUAUCGUUCUACUCGCUUAUCGCUCAUCGUCGGCGGUGGGACAAGUGCCUUAAUAUUAAUUGAGUUCCUCUAAACUAUAAGCUUUUCACCCUUUUUCGGGCUAGUACAACUUAUCGACCACAUAAGCGCCAAUAGAAUUUCAACUUUAUUAGUCCGAUUUAAGGUUCAAAUUAAAUUCAAAUUAAUAAUUACAGGAAUUAAUUGGAAUUUUUUUUUAUACCUUGUUGACUAGUUCGGCCUGGAAAAGGGUUAAGUGACAAGGUGUAGUUUUGCCACUAUACACGUGUUAUAUUUAUGUAUAUUUAACGUGUAUACUGGUGACGUUUUCACAUUGUGCGCUACACUAAAGUUUACCAGUCAGGUGCUUUUUACCCGGUACUGUAUUUAACAUCCCACCCAUGAUGCCGGCGGUCAAAGGCACUGUGCGAACGGUACAGCGAUAUAUUUUUGCGCGUGGGAUAGAGAUAGGAACAGGCGGGUUAAUGUACGAAAUUCAUCGUACUUAGCGUCCUUAUUUUAGAACGUAAUACAUUUCGUCUGUUCCACUAUCGUACAGUAAACUGAAGGGAUAACUGACCCCCAUGCAAACAAGUUUCUAUGCAAGGGGGGUCAGAGAUCUCGGCAGCUUACUACAAAAUAAGUAAGGUGUAAAAAGCUUUUUAGUCUAGCCAAUUAUGUGGGGGGUUCUAGCGACAGUGGGAACAUGGACCUCAUUAAGUCCACAUUGUAAGGUCUAGUCCCUAAGAAAAAGACGUGACCGACAAAUAAGGCGAUACACACACUGCCGUGGUUAGCUGAGCGACCAAAAUCGUCCCGCGCUGACGCGUCCUCACUGUGUUACGAACGUGUUUAUGACAAUUAUAUAUACGAGUACAUAAGUAAGUACAAUUUGUUAAAAGCCCUUUUUGUAUGAUACAGAUGUAGUUUUUGUCAUGCUAGUCCAAAGUCAGUACUUUUUGUAUCGGGACUGACUGAAAUAGCGAGACACGUUCGUACGUUGCCGUGAAAAAACGAUGUAAAAUAAUUAUGCACAUCUGUAGUUAAAGUAUUUGUUCGCAUAGAUGUUACAUAUUAAAGGUAUUUGAUUCGUUAAGAAUUUUGAUUUUUCUUGAAAAUUCAAUAGCAAUAGUUGUCAGAGCAUUUUUAGAAAAAAAGUGUAUCAUUUGUUUUAUUUUUUCGUAAAACCACCAAUUUUGGGUUAUUUCUACUUGGAAUGACGAGGACUAUCGAUUAAAAAAAGAAAUACUGAGGAUAUUUUAUUUAGUCCUCGUGAUUUAGAGUCGAAAUAACCCAAGAGUUGCUAGUAUUUCGGAAUAAAAAAGAUAUGAGACAUAUUUUUACUGAAUCGUAAUUAUUUUAAUCCUUUAUAAAAACUGUACACAAUAUGUAAGAGAGGAUUAAGCUUAACUUUUUUUUAAACUUGUUUACUAUGAUACUCUGACGCUCCGCUUGCCUAAGCAGACUGCGGUGUCAGUAUGUGUACAGCCUCACAUAUAGUGUUAUUGUAUAUUCAUUAAAAAUAUGGCUGUUUGUUCUAGUAGGUUAUAUAAUUAUUUAUUUUCAAAAAUAACAAGAUUAUGUAUGUCUAUAGGUGUCUUUACAUAUAUUUAAUAACAGUACAUAUUCAGUAAUUCUCUCAAAAUAGUAAAAUCAACCUUUUCUUGGCUAAAAGUAGGCCUUUGUACCUACAUAAAAAAUGCUAAAGUUGAAAAAAAAAUCAUUUCGAAAUUUAGCAUUUUGGUAAAUAUGGUAAUUAAACAAUGACUAUUAAAUCUUUUAGGAAAUGUACUGUAUCUGAUUAUUAAGACAAUAUGUUAUGUUUUAUGUUCCACGAGUGAGGCCUCAUUUAGACGGUGCGAGAAUUCGCAUGCGAGUUUCAUUACAAUGCGGUCUUUGAUCGAUCGUUUAAAUUGGACGUAAUUUUUGUUAUAUUGCGGAUUGUUAAUCCGCAAUAUAACAAAAAAUUGAAUUCGAGUUCGCGCGCCGUCUAAAUCAGCCCUAAAGGUACUUUAUGCCGGUCGGCGCGUACGCUGUUAUUAACGACGCUCAAAUACUAAUGCGGUUCUGGGCGACGUAAACACUAAACGCCUUAAGGUACCUUUACCCAUGGAACGUCACAUAUUAACACGACCAAAAUAACAGAACGCUUGAUAUGCGUACACUGUAGGUAGUAUUUAGAUUUAGUUCACAAUGUGUCGUUCUCAUGUAAAAGGACCUUUUGCGGCAGGCUUUGAAGAAUUUAAAAAUAAUAACCGGAUAAGUGCAAGUCGGACUUGCCCACCAAAAGUUCCGUACAAAUUCAACUUUUUCUUUAAAUUUAUAGUUUUCAGAUUUUUCCCUUCUUCUAGAAUCUAGUUUAAGAUGGUAUUAUAGUCAAAUUCCAUAGUUCCAAGUCAACGGGAAGUACCCUCUAAAUUUUCACUCCCUUGAGUGUCGAAAUAUACGUCUUUUGCGGCAUAAACGGCCGUAUCUUUUAUUUGCGUUAACUUAGAACUUUGUUUUUUCACAGCUUCAAGGGACCUUAGUAUAUGGUUUUAAUUUCAACCCGAUACCUCCACGCCUUCCCGUGAUAAAGGGUCUUGAUAAACAGGCGGAUGGUAGGACAGUAAAAUUAUCCUAUAACCCUAACCAAACCCUAAAAAAACCGCCUAAGCGUGACGGUCCAUUUUCCAUGAGAAUUUCACAUGAUUACUAUAAGUACCUAGCAUUUUAGUUGUAUUUGUUGAUUCGUUUUAAUUUUAACCAUGAUUUAACGCAUUCACUGCCAAGAACCCGUUUGGUUGGUUCAUUUUGUGUUGGAAAACGGGCGCUUGGCAUUGAAAGUGUUAACGUAGAUCUCAUGCGGUGUCACCCGCGCUAGUUGACAGUGUUUUUGACACCUGCCGAUGUUCAAAUCCAUUUUGAACUAGGUUUGAAAUCCCUUAAGGUUCUUAAUUAUUCAAAACACCUCAAGUUAUACCGAUUCAAUCGAAUAUUUUUAACUAAAGCUUGAAAUCCGAAUGAUCGGUAAGAUAUCUUCGUUUCAUUUAUUCAUAAGAAGAUUUAUUCAUAAACAUUAUUGGUAGGUACAUUCAAUGUCAAAUUUAUUCAUAACGUAAACAAUGUAAGAGCGAUUAUCAGUCGCUAUAAUAGUUGAGCUAAACUCAUGUUAUUUUUCGAGCUACGACCCUAAUAUAUUAUCCCUUGGGCCGCCGAUGGCGUCAUCCGACACGGCUACAGCCCAAUAUCAACCUUCGUGCAUUACGAUAAGGUUCACGAUGACGCGCUGCGCACGAUAGUUUUGUUAUGUAAUGUGAUGGAACAGAAAUACAGCGGUAAAUUUGCCAUAAAUAUUUAUGGAUAAUGGAUAUGUAGCCCUACCGGAAAACACCGUUAUAGUUUUUGCCAUCACGUGAAGUCACACUCCUAGUGUUAGCGAUAUUGUAUACCUUUCGAGCAAUUAUUGUAAGUAUCUACAUUUAUAUUUCGGGGAUCUCGGAAAAGGCUCUAACGAUUUCGAUGAAAUUUGCUCUAUGGGGGUUUUCGGGGACGAAAAACCGAUCUAGCUAGCUUGGUCUUAUCUACGGGAAAACGCGCAUUUUUGAGUUUUCAAUGUUUCCCAGAUAUUAUUCUGAUAACAGUGAUGACCAACAGCAACCCAGUCCCUUUAAAAAUGAACACAAGUUCAGAAAAUAUAUUGAGAGGUACGAGUAUAUUGGUACUAGUUGAAUCGAUUUUCUGUCGGUAAACGGGUCAGUCGGGACAAUUCGAACGUACACUGAUAACUGAAUGACAUCUAACUGAUGUCAUUAUUAUUAAGCAACAACCAAAAUAAGUUAGUUCUGAGAGUAAACGUACAAAAAGUUGAAUAGUAAUUAAAUACUUUUAUUAUAUGAUAUACUAUGUCGUCAAAACAUGUUGGACAUGAAAUUUUGAAAUAUGAAUUAACAGGACUAAAAUGAUUAGUUAUUUUUAAGUGUUUUGAAUGAAAUAAGGGCACAAUCAAUCCUGUAUAGCAUGAUUAGCAUGCUUCGAUGGAAGAGACCAAGAAUGUAAACAAAUUUGUUCUCUAUUUAAACACCCUCCCUUCAAAUGAACAAUGGGUUAUGAUUUAUUUUUUCAACACACUUGCUCGUAAUGUGGAUCUUAUUGAACCCCUUUUAGGCUCAUAAUCCUAGAAAUUACUUAAACCCGCGUGAUUUUUUCAUGAUUUUAAAUUAAAACUGUAUAACGUUGUACGAAACACGAGUGCUUUGGUCAAUCCACAUUUACAGCAGAAUAUUCAGGUAAAACUUAUUUAAGCAUAUAAUUGAAUAAUGAAUCGAAUGAAAAUAGAUAGAAUGGUAAGAUAACGCUUGAUCUUUACGAGUAAAGUUCAUGUAUAUACUCGUAACAUUAGACAUUUGUUUACGUUAUUGGUCAUUUCUACGUACCUACAUGACGCGGUCAUUAAAAUAAUUGUGACAUUCCAUGACUAGAGGUACCUAUGGCGCCUCAAUCAAUACUAAUGCGGUACUACGCGACGUAAGCGCCGAUCGCCUUAAGGUACCUUUCGUCGUGGACCGGCACAAUUUUUGUGUAAAUAUACGUAAGUCUCUUUCCAAUGUUCGACACUCCAAUGAAGUUUCCAACUAACAGUGCAGUGUCGACCACUGGUACUAUUUUAUCCUGGUCACGUUGCGAACCAGACUUCCUAAACUUGUAAGAUCAAUGAUAUAAUCCUGUGAUUCUAAAUAAUAAAGGGAAGGAGACGCGGCCGAACGAUAGAAAGAGCACGUUGCAUAUUAUUUUUAAGUCCUCAUUUAAGCUCUCUUUCUAUUGUAUAGCCGAGUCUCUUUCGACAGACCUGAGUGAGGUGCCUUAUGUUGUGUUCAGCUGAACUGUUGUUGUUACCGUUUUGUAACUGAUUAAAGGAAAGUUUUGAUUUCAA